AUGAGGGGAAAAUAUAUCUAUGGCGCCGUCCGCCACUUGUCCCGCAUGACUUACUCCGAGUUCAAAGCCCUGGUGGCCCACCGCCCCGAGUUCGACCCCACCGCCACCUUUGGCCUCACCAAAGUGCCCAACCCGCAAUGGAAGCUAGGCCAAGGCGCUAAUAGCGAUGAGUGGAAACGGCACAAAAAAGUGGAGCUUGAUCCUGCGGAAAGAGCCGGUCCCGAAAACUACAAGACGUUGAUCUCCGGUGUGGUGCCGCGGCCGAUUGCGUUUGUGUCAUCGGUGUCUCCUGAUGGCAUCGCCAACUUGGCUCCCAUCUCCUACUUUAAUUUGGCCAAUAAUGACCCGCCGAUCGUCACGUUAGGGUUCUCGCAAAACCAGGGGAAGGCUAAAGAUACCGUCAACAACAUCUUGGCUACAGAAGAGUGUACCAUCAAUAUCAUCAGUGAGUGGUGGGUAGAGGCAGCCAACAUGGCGGCGUUGGACUGCCCUCCCGAAGUGGACGAGUGGAAAUACUGUGGGCUCACUCCCGAGAAGCUGACAGUGGUGAAGCCGGCUCACGUCGCCGAGCUGGCGUAUUCGAUGGAGUGUAAGCUUGUUGCCAGCCACGAGUGGAAGCUGAAGCGCACGGGCAAGCCGCUGGGGAACACGUUGCUUUUAGAAGUGAUAAGAUUCCACAUUCGUUCCGACGUGUUGAAUGAUGGUAAUGUCGUCGAUAUCAAUAAGCUUAAACCGGUGAGUCGUUUAGGUGGGAUCACUUACGGCCGCACUACUUUGGGCUACGAAUUGCCCAAACCCCUCAACGAUAACUUGGAGGACUACCAAUAG